AACCAGUGGCCAUACUGAACCUCAACUGCGCUUUGCUUCGCAUAGGUUGACCAUUGACUCUCACAAAAUGCGGCCGACCCUACGAGCCCUUGCCAACUACCUGGAGCCUGGAACUCCCACGGGACUCACAGGACUAUGGACUCACAAGACCCCCCGGUCGACCCUGUUGUACCUGUAUAGCACAACGCUGAACAGGCUGCAAUCGAUACCCGAAACAUCCCUCUAUCGCCAAUCUGUCGAAGCGACGACCAAGCAUCGUAUGAGCCUAGUGGAAAAGUUCACUCCUCCCGGAUACGAAGAGUGGGCAGUCAAGGCGAAGGAGCUCAUGCGAAAGAACCCCCAUCAAUUCGAGGCUGCGAGUGAUCGAGUUGACGGCAGUGGAGCCAGGACUUUCAAGUUUGGCAAUCGCAUCUUCGUGGUUGGACGGGAACACGAGGCUGGAGAUAUCCGGCUGGAAGAGUGGAAUGGCGAAAACGAAUUGGGCAGAAAUGACGAGGUCAUCGAACCCGCUGCAGAGCAUUUCAAGGACGAAAAGCUGGUGUGGGAGGAUGAGCCCCAGCUUACGGCUGACCAGGUCAAGGAGCUUGAGCAACAGCUGGGGGCCGGUCUUAUUGAAGAAGUCAUUGAGGUCGCGGAGGGCGAAUUACAGUUGAUUGAAACCAUGGAAAAGGCCCAGGUAUGGGAUAACUUGGAGGAACAGCCAGCACAAGGGCAGUGGACAUAUUUUGAACGAAGUUCAUCAUGAGACUGAAAGCUAUAGCACUCUAUAGUUUUAAUAAAUUAAAAUUAUAAUACAAUAAAUUUCCAUCUAUAAUUA